AUGAAGAAAUACAUCCAGAAAGCAAUCGACUUCGGCGUGGAGUCUGGCUACUUAAUUCCAAAGGACGCGGCGUAUAAGCUGCUCCGUGUUUCGUCGGACCUCAUGAACGACGGCAAUUACGCGGGCAAAGUCCGAAAGUCGGUCAGCAGGGUAUCACAAGUUAGGGACAAAAGUCCUCGUCGAACGCCGAUUAAAUUCGAAGAUUACGAAGUGCAGGAAGCCAGAAGGCGUCGGAAGAGAAGAAGGAGCGGUCGAAGGAGGAGGAGAAGAUCGAGGAGCGGAUCCAGAAGACGAAGGAGAUCACGACGCAGGCGCGGAAGAAGGCGCAGCGGAUCUACGCACGAGCAGGUGAUUGACAACGAAAACGACAACGAAUACGAGUAUAACAAGCAAGGGGAGAAGAAAAGCAGUCCUGAUAACGCGAACAGGAAAGAGAGUGACGAACAACAGAAUCAGUCAGACGGAGAGAAGACGGAAAAUAAGAGGGAGGACGACGGCUCGGAGGAUGUUUCCAUGGACGAGGACGAGAGCGACGAGGAGGACGACGAGAAGAAAAGGGACGAGCCCACCAAAACGUAG